AUGGCUACCAAUGGUGUUAGUCAACGCAAGGCUGUCAAUGAGGAUAUUGCGGAGGAUAUGGGGCCCCACUUGCACACCUUGAAGUCUUCAGGCGCAAUGACCAUUUCUCCUGAGCUUUUUGAGAAGCUAUACCUCACGCCCAAGACUGCUCCCACAGGAGACUUCCGAAAGCGUUUCGCCAAUCCCACGCCUCUGGGUCUCAUGGGCUUCGUCAUAUCCGCUGUGACAUUCGCAGCCAUCGAGAUGGGCUGGGGCGGAGCCACAACCUUGGACGGCGUAGCCGGAAUAUUCUUCUUCACCGGCCCAGUCCUCCUCCUCCUCGCGCUCAUCUUCGAAUGGAUAAUGGGCAACUUCUUCUCCAUGAUGGUAAUGGGCAUGUUCGCCGUCUUCUGGCUCUCAUUCGGCGUCCUCGAAACCCCGUCCUGGGGCAUCGCAGCCUCGUAUUCCGCGACCGGCGACGCUGCCCAGGGCGCCGCUUCCAAGGGGUAUAAUACUGCUAUUGCGCUUUAUCUGCUGGUGUGGGGAUUCUGGCUGUUUACCACGUUUAUCUUUACGUUGAAGACGAAUACGGUUUUUGCGUCGAUCUUUUUGUGUGCGUUUACUAGUAGCUUUAUUUUCUCGGGCGCAUAUUGGAAGGUUAGUACUGGGGAUUAUAAGACUGCUAUGAGGUUGCAGAAGGCUGGAGGAGCGGUCUUCUUUGUGCUGGCGGUUCUUGGGUACUAUAUCACUGUUGUGAUGAUGGCGGCUGAGAUGCGGAUGACGGUCAACCUACCAGUUGGAGACCUAUCACAUUUUUGGCCGAACCCUGAUGCUGAGCUUGCGGAUUUGGAAAAAGCCGAAUGA